CUGUCAAAUCACAAAUGUCAUACACAGUACAUUAGACGUAAAGAAAUUGUGCAAGAAUUAAAUAUAUUCCAUAGCAAAUUGUGAUAUGUAAAGGUGAAAAUUAACUACAAUUAGUAUUUAAUUAUGAUAUAUCAGGUAAAAAGGGUUUUAUUAAAGCACCGUUUUGUUAAUCAAUUUAUUCGUUACGUACACAAUGAUCAAAAUUCGGCUAAGACUCUUUUUCCUUUAAAAAGUCGUGGUUUACUCAAAAUUGCUGGUGAAGAUGCAGGAACAUUUUUACAAGGUCUCAUUACGAAUGAUAUGCGUCAUUUCGAAGAAGGUGCUAAAUCUAUGUACACCGUAUUUUUAAAUAAUAAAGGUAGAGUGUUAUACGACACUUUGAUAUACAAAUGGGACAGAGAUGAUGCUUUCAUCAUUGAAUGCGACAAAAACGUCCUUAACUCCCUUCAAAAACAUCUUAAACUGUACAAAUUGAAAAGACAAAUCAAUUUUGCAGAUAUGAGUAAUGAAUUAAAAGUGCAUGCUUUUAUCUCAAAUGUAACUGAAGAUGCAAUAGAGUCCAAAAAUGAUAUAAAAAUAUACAAAGAUCCCAGGCUUUCGGAUCUAGGAUGUAGAGUCAUAUCACCAGCACAAACACCUGAGCCUGAUAUAGCCCAAGUUGUUGGUAAAGAUGUUGAAAUUAAGGAAAAUGAAGAUGGGUAUAAAUACUUGCGAUAUAAGUUAGGUGUUGGUGAGGGGGCUGAUGACCUGCCCCCAGGCACAACCUUCCCUUUGGAGGUUAACUGUGACUACCUCCAUGGUGUGAGUUUCCAUAAAGGCUGUUACAUUGGUCAGGAACUGACUGCCCGAGUGCAUCACACUGGUGUUGUUCGGAAAAGAAUUAUGCCAAUCAAGUUCACUGACACCAUUAAAGGAGAGUUAGAGAAAGAUUCUGUGAUAUCAGCACCAGAUAAUCCUAAAUCUAAUUUGGGAAAGUUAAAAGGAGUUGUACAGGACUAUGGGAUAGGAUUGCUCAGGAUAAAAGAGGCUUUGGAUGCAAAAGUAUUAGCUGUUGGAAAGUGUACAAUAGAAGUUGUUAAGCCGAGUUGGUGGCCUCUUGAAGCUCCAAAAGAUAAACCUUUAGCAAAAUCUGAAUAAAAAUAUUUAUUAAAACAUGGAAGAAACAAAA